AUGCCGCGUUCGAACGGCCAGGUUGAACGGUACAAUCUUACAAUUUUGGAAGCGUUGCGUACUAAAGGAGCCGAUACCGAUAACAAUAAAUGGGACACCUAUGUCACCAAUAUACAGCAAGGCAUCAAUUCCACAAUUAAUAAAGCCACCACUGCUGUCCCCAGCGAAGUAUUUUUUGGCUAUCGAUUGCAAACUGAUUCCGAUAACCUUGUUGACGAGAUUGAGCAAGCAGUAGAUGUAACAGCCUUAAGAAAGAAAGUUGAUGAAAACAUUAAGAAAGCUGCAGAGAAACAAAAACAAUUAUUUGACGCCAAAAGAAAGGAAGCCCGAGUAUACGCUAUAGGAGAGCUAGUUGUUAUUAAGAUACCAAGUCAAAGCAAUGAUGGCCAGAGCACAAAAUUACUGCCUAUUUACAAGGGACCGUUCCAAGUUGUAGAGGUACUAGGUCAUGACCGGUACAAAGUAGCAGACAUGCGAGGCGCUGAGAGGACCACAAGACGAUACGAGGGUGUCACGUGUGCAGAGAAUAUGAAGCCCUGGGUUCGUGUCACAGACGCACAGGCCGACUAA